AUGGAGUCGAGCGAACUCCAAAGUGGAACCCCUGCACCAUACGGCCGGGCUUGCAUCAACUGUUCUCGUGCUAAAAGCAAAUGUAUCUUGCUUGGCGUUGGAAAUGGCUGCGAAAGAUGCCAACGACUAAAGAAGGACUGUCGACCAUCGCCGACGGUUCGAAAGCGAAGUGGUCGCUCCUCUGCUUCAAGAACUGCCCAACUUGAAGCAAAGCUUGAUAAUAUUGUGUCUCUACUCCAGACAUCUGGUUCAUCUAGUAUCUCCACAGACUGGGAAUCUACACCGGCGAAAUCGCAAUCAGGCAUCGAACUUGGCCCACCAGGUCCAACUGGGGCUCAAGUCGGUGCUUCAGUUGGUGCUUCAGUUGGUGCCUCAGUCGGUGCUUAUGCCUCACCUGGGAUUUCAUCACCAUCAACAGCAGCUUGCUCACCUUCAUCAAAUGAGUUCUCAGUACAUGAUCUCUGCUCUAGACUUCCCAUUACCCCAGAUCAAGCGGAGAAGACCCUCAAUAUGAUGCGCACUCAGAAUCUGAAAUUCCUUCCUUUUGUCUAUAUUCCUCUACAUGUCACAGCUGAUAUGCUCCGUCAAGAGAAGCCAUUCUUCUGGCUUUGCAUUAUGGCGGUAACGACACCAGUGAACAUACACAGAGAGACAUUGUUUCGAAAAAUUACGAUGCUCAUUCAACAAAAGUUGCUUAUUGAGGUUGCGCCGAGUAUAGAUAUGCUCCUUGGCAUUAUGACAUUUAUAUCUUGGACGACUUACUCCCGAAAGCCAUUCCUUAACUUCUACGCACAUGUGCUGAUGGGCUUGGUGUGCGACCUUGGUAUCAAUCAACCCGUUGCCCAGGAACUUUCUACAAUGCAAGCUUUUAAGUGCGCGGUCGGUUGGAAACAGCAAAUCCCCACUAUCAGGACUCUGGAAGAGCGACGGGCCGUCCUGGGAUGCUUCCUGCUCACUUCGAGUAUCGCGUUGACAAUGUCAAAAAUCGAUGCACUGAGAUGGAACCCUCACAUGGAGGAGAGUCUAACCGUCCUCAUGGAAGCCAAAGAAUGCCCGGAAGAUGAACUUUUGGUCACACUUGUCAAAAUUCAGUUGAUCAUGGACAAGAUCUAUCACAUGCGGCGGGACGGCGAGAACAGAUCAUACUCGCUGUUGUAUACCAAAGCAUUCCAGUCGCAGCUGGAAUCGGUGAAGUCUCAGAUCCCCCAGCGCUUACAACAAGACAAGGCUGUUCUUUUAUACCUUGCCAAUGCCGAAAUCGUGAUUCAUGAGAUCGCCAUUGAGACUUCAUCUUUACCCAACUCCCCCGAGAUGCAUCGCCUCGAAAGUUUAUGCACAUGCCUCCAGGCGAGCAAGUUCUGGCUGGACACUUGGCUUGCGAUAUCUCCAGAUCAUCACAUUGGAAUUUCGUUCACGGUUUUUUUCCAAUUCUCUAGGGCUUUGGUCUGCUUGUACAAGCUCUCCACCUUAGAAGAUCCAGCCUGGGACAGAAACAUGGUACGAAAUACGGCCAAUGUCCUCGAAAUUCUCGAUCGUAUUCUUCAUAACCUGAAAAAGAGUUCUCGCAUCCUGUCAGAUCCCGAUCACUUGGAAUACAAUGUCUAUGAAAAAGGUGUUAAGAUGGUACAAUCCAUCAAACAGGGCUGGGAGCCAAAGCUGAUGGAGGUUUGGUUCCCCAAUUUACCAACCGAUGAAAUCAGCAACCAAUACGUCCAGACUCCUCUGCCUGAUGUUAUGCCUAUGACUGGGUUUGAUGAUGCGUGGAUGCUGGAAGUUUUUGGUUCGAUGUGA